UUUCAUCAUCAUCACCACAGGAAGUUGUGAACAGAGUUUAAAAGCUGCUGCAGGACUGCAGACAUCCACAGGAAUCUGGACCAGCAAUGGCUCURCUGAAGGUUCUGCUGCUGCUGGGCCUGGGUGUUUCAGUGAACUCAGAUGUUUCUCUGCAGAAGAGAAUCAUUGGAGGUCAAAACUGUAAUAACAACGAGCGUCUUUAUCAUGUUCGGCUGUUGAGCAGGGAUGGUACUGAUACGUACCUGUGUGGAGGAUCUCUGAUCCACCCUCAGUGGAUCCUGACUGCAGCUCACUGCUGGRAGCAAGGACGGACUAUAACAGCAAUGCUCAGAGUUCAUCCACGGGGUCAAAGGAAUCUUCAGCAGGACGAUCAGAUAAUCCAACACAACCCGGUGGUUUAUACUGACAACAACAACCAGCCGCAUGACAUCAUGUUGCUGGAGCUUCAGACACCAGUAACAGAUAUUCCACCUGCUGAGCUACCAGACUGCAGUAAUCGUCCUAAAAAAGGCGAUUCUGUUCAGCUGGCAGGAGAGGCAGCAACGACAACCGGCCCCAAUAAUCGGCGAGUAACCAAUGCUCCUAUUCCACCACAUCUUCAGUGUGUCGACAUGAAAGUUGUUGACUGUCCAGCUUGUAGCCAGAAUUAUAAAGGGCACAAUCGUAGAUUCUGUGUUCAAGAGAAGGGCAAGGAUUCUUGUUGUGGCGACUCCGGUGGAGGAGUGAUCUUUGACAAGAAGAUUUAUGGUGUGAUUUCUGCAGGUGUAAAAGACUAUGCAUGUGUGUUACCAGCUUUAAUCAUGGAUGUGUGUGAAUACAUUAACUGGAUAAAACAAACAACUGGGCUUAAAUAAAACAUAAACUAUCAUGAAAUAAAAUUCUCAACAAAUUUCCUCUCAGAUAUAAUUUUAUAGUUGUAUCUUCAUCUGUUUGUUCCAAAGGUUUGUAGAAUUAGGAUGAAUUUAUAGUUUUGUUUUUUCUCACCUGAUCUUGACCUCCCUGUGAGAACCAAUAAUGGAGCUUUUCUUUCCCUCAGAAAUGGAAAAUAAAUCAAUAAAUGCAU